ACGCCCGCGCGCUGCGUGGCCACAUCCCCACGCCGCGCGGCAUGUUGGGAACGGAAGUGCGGCUGCCGCGAGGAGCGCGCGGGCAGCAUGGCGGCUGCCGGGAGGAGGAAGCUGGAGGAGCUGAGCGUCGACGAGUUCCUCGCUAAUGGCUUCGAGUCGGAGCCCGACGGCGGUUCAGAGGAGGAGGAGGCCCGGCCCAAGGCGGCGGGGAGGCGGCCCCGGCCCAAGGCGGCCGUUCGAAAAAAAGGAAAGGCAUCUGAGCAUAAAGACCAGCUGGCCCGACUGAAGGAAAAGGAUCCUGAAUUUUACAAGUUCUUGGAAGAAAAUGACCGCACGCUGCUGAACUUUGAUGCUUCAGACAGUUCUGAGGAGGAGGAGGAGGGAGGCUUGCACAUCCCACCUGACUCAUUAGAGGAAGCGAGUGAUGAAGGUGAAGAAGAUGAAGAAGAACAGGAGAAAGGCAAACAGAAGAAAGUUGAAUCCAUCCCUGUGAGCUUGAAGAUGGUUGAGGAAUGGAAGAAAGCUGCAGAGAGAGGGCUAACACCAAGACUUUUCCAUGAAAUCACUCAAGCAUUCAAAGCAGCUGUAGCAACUACCAAAGGAGACAGUGGUGGUGCUGAUCCCAGCAAGUUUCAAGUCCUUGAUGCUGCAGUGUUCAAUGCCCUUGUGUCCUUCUGUGUCCGGGACCUCUUCAACUGCCUGCAAAAGCUGCUGCUUGUGAAAGCUCCUAAGAACAAACAAAAGAUGGCCCUUCCUUCCAGCAGUCCACUUUGGAGCAAAUUGCGACUGGAUGUAAGAAUGUACCUGUCCUGUACCAUCCAGCUCCUGUCUUGUCUAACAGAAGCCUCUGUUGGAGCAGCAGUUCUCCAGCAUGUCAAUUCCAUACUGCCUUAUUAUCUGUCCUUCCCAAAGCAGUGCCGGAUACUUCUCAAGCAAGCAAUCCAUUUGUGGAGCACGGGUGAAGAAACAGUGAGAGUGCUGUCCUUCCUUGUGCUGAACAAGAUCUGCCGCCACAGGAAAGAGGUGUACCUGAGUCACUUGCUCAAGCAAAUGUACAUUGCAUUUGUGAAGAAUUCAAGGUUUACCUCUCCCAAUGUGCUGCCCAUGAUCAACUUCAUGCAGCGCACGCUGGCAGAGAUGUAUGCCCUGGACACACACACCUCCUACCAGCAUGCCUUCAUCUACAUCCGCCAGCUUGCCAUUCAUCUGCGCAGUGCAAUGACCAUAAAGAAGAAGGAGAACUUCCAGUCUGUCUAUAACUGGCAAUAUGUGCACUGCCUGUAUUUCUGGUGUCGAGUUCUCAGCACGAUUUAUCCCAGCGAGGUCAUGGAGCCAUUGAUCUAUCCUCUGACACAAGUCAUCAUAGGCUGUAUCAAGCUGGUGCCCACAGCUCGUUUCUACCCUCUGCGCAUGCACUGCAUCCGUGCCCUCACACUGCUGUCAGAGAACACCAGGACCUUCAUCCCAGUGUUGCCAUUCAUCCUGGAGAUUUUCCAACAAGUGGACUUCAACAAGAGGCCGGGACGUAUGAGUGCUAAACCUAUAAACUUUGCAGUGAUCUUGAAGCUUUCAAAUGCCAACCUGCAGGAGAAAGCCUUCCGAGAUGGACUCAUUGACCAGCUCUAUGACCUGAUUCUUGAGUAUCUUCAUUGUCAAGCCCACAGCAUUGGAUUCCCAGAGCUGGUCCUCCCUACUGUCAUUCAGCUCAAAUCUUUCCUGAAGGAAUGCAAGAUUGCCAACUACUGCAAGCCUAUCCGGCAGCUCCUGGAGAAACUGCAGGAAAAUUCUGCCUACAUCGCCAGCAGGCGUCAGAAAGCCACCUUCGGUGUGGCCAGCAGGGAGUCUGUGGAGCAAUGGGAGAAGCAGGUCAGAGAGGAGGGGACACCUCUGACCAAGUACUACGCCCAGUGGAAGAAGCUAAGAGAGAAGGAGAUACAACUGGAAAUCACCGGCAAAGAAAGACUUGAAGAUUUGAACUUCCCAGAAAUUAAACGCAAGAAACUAGAUGAAAGGAAGGAGGAAGAUAAGAAGGAAUUCAAGGACCUGUUUGAGCUGGACACAGACUCUGAUGAGGAGAACGUUGGAUUCCCCAUAAAAGGGAAAGCCAAAGGCAAGGUGGCAUCAGACGACAGCUCAGAAGGCAGCAGCAAGGAGGACUAUGGCGAGGAUGAUGAGGAUGAAGAGGGAGAGUAUGAAAUCGAGGAGGACGAGGAAGAUUUAGAGGAAGACAGUGACUCAGAUGAGGAAGACAAGGCAGCCCCACGGGGCUCACAGAGGAGCAGCCCCCAGGCGCUGUCACGUUCCGACCUCGAGCAGCUGGCCCAGGGCGAGGAGGAUGUGGUGGAAGAUUUGGCUUUCUCCGAUGAUGACUGAGCCCUCCCCGACCCUGCAGCCCCCCUGGCUGGUUCUCCAGGAGGCGGUAAGCUCUUGGGGCAGGAGGUGCUGCCCACGAGGACUGUUUUGCAGUGAGGCGCGGCGCUGAAGCUGCUUGGACUUUUGCAGGUUUUUCGACCCAUGUUUUUUUUGGUAAUGUUCUGUGGUCACAUCAAAGCCAGUCAAACUGGUGUAGGUAAUAAAAAAGCCCGCAUUAAAAUCUGGUUUAAGUAACACAGGGGUCAGUUUCAGCUCCUGCUGGAGCAGCUGACCAAGUGGGAAGGACAAGCUCUUGGCACGAGGACCUCCUCUCUGCUCAUCCAACCACCCCUGGGCUCUGGGGUUGUCUCCAGACCCUUCCCCCAAGGGCUGUCAGGGGUCGUGUAGAGCAUUUAGAGCUUUCUAUCACUGCAAGUGGAAGCCAUUUAUCAGCAGCAUUGGAAUCAUUAGAUCCAUCUGCCACGCUGGCUUUAUGUAUACUGAAGAAAUCCACCUUAAGGAACAAAGGGCUAUGGGAGGACGCAAAGGGAAGGGCUGAAAAGUAGGAUGGAGUAGGAAAAACUAAAUCUAAUAGUGUAAGGAAAUACACAAGUGUCCUAUAGCCCCAUGCUAAGUGAGAAGUCAGUGCCUGCAGAUGUGACUGAGCCCUGCCUUCCUCCACACUGCUGCUCCCCAAAAUUACUGCACAGGUAAACAGGCAAUUGCUGCAGUCAUACAGCAGCGUGGGCCGUUUGCUUCUGCUUUAUUCUGAGCUCACAGUGUCUUUUUGGAGAGGCAGAAACAGGAACAGAAAGGGUGUAUUUUUUUUCCAACUGCACCGACAAUAAUUAUCAGCCUCAGAGUCCCAGAAGGGGGGGGGGGGAGGAAGUUUCCUCCAAAAUUAAUAAUUUAUUGUUAUAUUUACAGCUCCCUCUGCGGGGGCAGAGCACCUGCUGCUUUACUGGGGCUUCAGGGCUGAGGCUCUGUACCUCUGAUGGCAGGGACACAAAGGAGCCUGGGAUGGAAACUUUGGGGCCCUGCCUUCAAGACAAACACAUUCACUUACCUUUACUUCUUGUAAGGUAGCUGGGCACGGUGCUUAUUGCCUCCACUUCGCAGUGGCAACAGCACAGCACACAGCAAGGAAAGCAUACAGCCAUGCCAGGGGCUCAGGAGGCCAGGUACUGUUUGUAAACGGAGUGGUGUCCUUUUUUAUUCAAACUGAUUGCUGGAAAGCAUCUUUUUUUAUUGUGAUGUGAUGGAUAAUGACAAGG